GAAGGAUUUCCGGGUUGUUGAGAGGUCGUGGUGCUCGUGCUGCGACGUCCUUGAUAGAUUUCAUUGGAAUGCCGUCAGUACUUUGACGUUAACCGGUCAGAGUUCCGAUUCCUUCCGCCGGUGUGGAGGCUGUUUGUCCGGGACUCUGAGCAGGAAUGGCGUCUCUGUGGAGUCUGAGACCGGCGCUGACGUCACUGAUUCAAGCAUCCCAGCAUGUCUCUGCAUGGACCGCCCCCCUCCUGCCCAGGACCAUGGCCACGCUCAACCAGAUGCACCGCCAAGGGAAGCCCAAAGUCCCUCCCAAAGCCGCUGGAGCCACGUUUGGCCGCCCCCAGCUGAAGGCGGUCAUCCUGAAGACGAUGAUCCGAAAGCCCAAGAAGCCCAACUCUGCCAACAGGAAGUGCGCCCGCGUGCGGCUGUCCAACGGGAAGGAGGCGGUGGUGUUCAUCCCCGGGGAGGGGCACAACCUGCAGGAGCACAACGUGGUGCUGGUGCAGGGGGGCCGGACGCAGGACCUGCCCGGGGUCAAACUCACCGUGGUCCGGGGGAAAUAUGACUGCGCUCACGUGGUGAAGAAGAAGCAGUAGACUGACUGUGGGGGGAGGGGUGAAGUGUGUGUGUGUGUGUGUGUGUGUGUGUGUGUGUGCGCGUGCGUGUUGUGACCUACUGCCAGCAGCGGCGACGGUUCUGAGCUUCACUCAGCUCCAUGUUUGUGAUGACUUGCUGUCAGUGUCCAGAAUUAAAGACACUUCCUGUUCAUCCUGUAUAACA